GCAGCCGCCCUACCAGCAGCGGCGCUCCCUCUAGCCAUCGAAUGGCAGGCAGAAGAACCACCUGUGGCAGCCCAACCUCCAGAAAUGGAAGAAAUGUCUUCAUCCGAUUCGGAGACUUCUGUGAAUUUGGGACCCAGGUCGGCACCUCAGCGACCAUUCGCAGCAGCCGACGAGUCGGCUGCUGUUAUACCAGCUGUCUGCCCAACUCGACCGACCUCAUUGCUGCCCCCCUCACUGACAGCAGUCCGCCCAGAGGGGCCUUCGGACUUAGCUGUCCUAUCGACUGUUCCGGUUCCAGCGGAGGCCCAGACUGUGUUCACUGAGGCCAUUAACCGUCCCCUGUCCGAAUUAAGGUCCGACUUAUUGGACAAUACACCAAGAAUGAAGCUGAAUUGGAUCAAGAGCUGA